UUUCGGCGAAUGUAUGCCAGGGGGCCGUCCCGCUUGCUAGAUCUAUGGGGUUGGAAGGAAGUGUAUGGGCGUUUUAGGCCUAACCGCUUCCCCUUGAUGUUCUUGCCAGGAGCCUUCGUCUCAGGCUUUUCAGGAAGGUCCAUGUAGGCUGACUUCGCCCAUACCUCAUCGGCCUACAGUCUGUGGAGAUUGCUUGUGUGUCGAGAUAUGGUUUGGAAUGCGCCAAAUACCUAUGGGCUUUCAUGCGCGCUAGUUCACCAGUCGCUGGACCGAUUCGCUUCAAAUUCGAGGAUACGGUGGAACCGAAGACGCAGAAUGUGACGGUGGUGUUGACGUUUCCCAAAAAGUGAAAAAUAGGCCGUUCAGAUUUUUUAGGCCGUGAAAAAUCAGCCGUGAUUCCCGAGCCGGGGAUUCGCGGUGGUGCGUUUCGCUCCCGGAACGACGAUCGACGCCAGAUUUCGACGGAGACGUCGUGUUCGACGCUUUUCGACGUCCGGCAAAGACACAGACACGGGAUUUUGUUUGCUUUGGAGAGCGAGUGUCGGGCAGACUUCGCUUGUCUCUAGGCCACAUCAUCUCACAGGGGCUGUAGUAAGGAUGCUGGCGCGCGCGCGGGAGGAAAUCCUCCCGCUGCCCUUCGGACGCAUCCACUUCACUUCGCCCGCCAAAGGCGCCCCGUUCCACCUCACCCCGCCCUGCGGAACGCCGUGGAACCCUUCGAAGAGUGACAUAUGGAGAGAAAUAGGCGUCCUCGUGAAACGGAACGCUAAUAGAACCGCCUUUGAGCGCCGCGGUCGGCCCUGGCAGCGCCGGAAGAGAGCCGGCGAACGAAAGCGACCGAAGUUGAGCGAUCGCCUCCGCAAAUCUCCGGGAGGGUUGGCCACCAGCUCAAGGUCCUGUGACGUAUGUAACAUUCCAAAAUGGCGGCCGAGAGAGACUGACUUGGGGGACGUACAGAUCUGCGAGUGAAAAAAAAAUGAAGGCGCGUUGGAGUUAUAAUCCUUUAUGCAACCCGUCUCUCUCCCAAGAGGAAGAUUGGACCUACUCAUCUACGCUGAUGAUAAUGGCGUCCCUUGAUUUUGUAAGCUGUGGCCUUCUUUCUGCUCACCAACCACGGGGAAAAUCUAUUAGUCUGUCUGCCCUUUCUCUUCGUUCUUCGGAUGGUCACAGAGAUGGUAGGAUGUAUAAGCCAACUGGACUUCGCGUGAAAGAAAGAAAUUGGAAAGCAUCUAAUUCAUUCAAGAGCGAACUAUGGCCCUGCCUGUUAUGCGCUGCUUCUCAAGGUGUGGGAACUGACAUUGGAGGAAGCCGUUUGCUUUCAUUGUGAGUAAAAGCCUUAAUUUGUGGCGUUCUUAAUGCGUGUAGUUAAUUAAAAGGCUUAAACCUCUUUGUAUAUUCAGGAUUAUACAAACAGGUUGAAGCCUCUUGCAUAGAAGGUUUUAGUUCAUCAAAGUGAAGAUAUAGUAUGUUUGUAAUUGGAAUAAAGGAUGGUUUCAGUUCAUCAAAGUCAAGAUAUUUGUAAUUGAAAUAAAGGAUAGGUUUUAGUUCAUUAAAGUUGAGAUAAAGUAAAUAUUAGUAAUUGGA